AUGUCUUACUCGCGGGAAAAUACUGAGGUCGAUGCCUCCACCGAAGACCGAGUGAAUGCCAUGCGCGGCUAUAAGGCAACCCUGAAAAAUCCCAGGGUGUCCAACGAGGCCAAGCAGCAUGCCUCGGAGGUGCUGAACAACGAGCUCGGCUGGGAUAACCCGCGGCAGGAGCUAUACGACGUCGGAGCUCGCAACAAAGACCCCAACCGCGUGGCUAGUGGUUUGAAAGCUGCUCAGAGUAACCCUCGUAAUACUGAGCGAGGCAAGCAGGGCUCCGCGGAGAAGCUUGACAAGCUGAGCCAGCAGGCCCCCGCGGAGUAG